AUGCUGCGCAACUGAAGUUUAACCUCGAGAUUUCAGGCUUAUUGUGUGCAAACCACGAUUGAAAGCAAACGCCCAAUAAGAACCUCGGCCUUGCCAUGCCGCCUACUAUUCCUAGCUGAGAAGCCCACGCCUUCUCCUCGCCUCUCAACUACGGGUUUUUAUCGGCGAUCAGCACCUUUCGAAUCGCGCCUCACCCAAGCGCGACCAUCGCCAACACUCAUCUAAGCGAAUCGAAGUGACCCCAAAUCAAUCAUGAGCAUCCUCGAGUCAAGGGAGGCCGGUGGUGCUCCUUCACCGCGCAGCUUCGCCAUCGCCCACCAGCGACCCAAGAACAGCUUCCUGGGGUGCUCGCGGAUCACCGACUAUGAAGUCCUGGGCAAGCUCGGCGAGGGUACCUUCGGCGAGGUACAUCGGGCAAGGUCGAAGAAGACUGGUGCCCUUGUUGCCUUGAAGAAGAUCAUCAUGCACAACGAGAAGGAUGGCUUCCCCAUCACGGCGCUUCGAGAGAUCAAGCUGCUGAAACUCCUCUCGCAUAAGAAUAUUCUCCGUCUGGAGGACAUGGCCGUUGAGCAUCCAGUUAGGAGCUCCGACAAGCGGAAGAGACCCAUCAUGUACAUGGUGACUCCCUACAUGGAUCAUGAUCUCUCAGGCCUGCUCGACAACCCCUCGGUGCACUUCACCGAGCCGCAGAUCAAGUGCUAUAUGCUCCAGCUGCUUGAAGGCCUGAAGUACCUGCAUGAAAACCAUAUCUUGCACAGAGAUAUGAAGGCAGCCAACCUUCUGAUCAACAACAAGGGCAUCCUCCAGAUUGCAGAUUUCGGUCUCGCAAGGCACUACGAGGGUGAGGUUCCGAAGCCCGGCCGGGGAGGCGGCGAGGGGCGGCGGGAUUACACGAGCCUGGUGGUGACCCGCUGGUACCGGCCUCCCGAGCUAUUGAUGCACCUGAAACGCUACACCACUGCUAUUGACAUGUGGGGUGUCGGAUGUGUGUUUGGCGAAAUGCUCACUGGGAAACCCAUCCUGGCUGGAGACAGCGACCUUCACCAGCUUGAGAUCAUCUUUGACCUUUGCGGGACACCCACAGACGAGAACAUGCCCGGCUGGCGGUCACUACCAGGCGCUGAAACGCUGCAACCAAGGCCGAGACCAGGGAACCUAGCACAGCGAUUUCGGGAAUAUGGCUCCGGUGCCGUCUCGCUCCUUAGAGAACUCCUCAAGCUCGACUGGCGAAGCCGCGUCAACGCCAUCGACGCCCUACAACACCCCUACUUCCGCACCGCCCCGUACCCAGCAAAACCUAGUGAUCUCCCCUCGUUUGAAGAAAGCCACGAGCUUGACCGCAGGAAAUUCCACGACAGGAGAGCAGCGCUCCCGCCGGCCCCCAAGGGCGGUACCGUAGGCCGCGGGCCCCACGACGGCCCUAAUGCGUCUUUCGGCAACGACAGCUUCAGCGGGAGGAACGGCGUCAACGGCAGCCGGUACCCGCGCAACAGCCGGGGACCGGAGGAGCGACUGCCGGCGUGGCACCGGGACCGUGGUCUGCCGCCUCGCCCGCCGCCGCCCGCCGACAGCGAUCAUGGAGACGGCUACCGUGACAGCAGAGGCGGGAGACCGCGCGGCGGAGGUGGGGUUCGGCAGGACGUCGACACGUACAUCCCAAGCUAUGACCGCGAUGCACCACCGAGAAGAGAUGACCGACCGCGGCGGAGGGAUGACCGGGAUGAUAGACGGCCUGAUUGGGAUCGGAGGCGGGAUUAUGACGAUCACGGGCGAAACAGUCGGACGAGGAGCAGGAGUCGCUCGCCGAUUCGCGAUCGCGACAGGGAGCGGGAUAGGGAUCGGGAGCGAGACCGCGAUGUGUACCGCAGGUAGGAACUGCAUGCAAGAGCGCCUGUCGUUCCCGAGAUGGUUCCCGAGGAAGGUCGGUUUAUGUACGGGUGGCGAUGAGGUCAAGAUGUGCUUUGAUGGUUACGUUCAUCAUCUUGAUACGGCUUAAACUGGCCAUGGACAUAAGUACGUCAUGGAAGGAAGAGGAAAUAGGCUGGGGUUUCUCUAGUCUCGGAUCUGGCGUAAUGGGUGUUGGUCUAGGUUGGCCGGCAUGGUUUGGCGCGUAAGAAGAAUACAUUCAUCGAUACCCUUCCUCCUUGGUAUUACGCUGAUAUCGUCAUCCCUCACUAAUAACUGUAUUCAUCUUGUUCGAACGCUUGUUCACCCAAGAGAAGCAAAC